AUGAUGAAAAAACUGAAACGCCGGCUCAGCAAGGCCUUCAAAAGCUCCAACCCCAAUAUAGCUGAUCUCUCCGGGUCUAACUCUCUGUUCUUGCAUCAGAAUGGCGGCGUUCGUCUGAUAGGGGCCAAUCCAGUCAGCUCCAAUUCCACAUCUGGCUAUCAGAGUACACAAAUGAAGGCCUGGCAUCUCAGUAAUUCGAUGAGUCGACUCAGUGAAAGACUUGCUGUUGAUGGCGUCAUCUUGGAAGAAGCAUGCGUCGAUUAUCAUCCAGAUGGCAGCUCAAAUCAUGACUCGUGUUAUAACAGUUCAAGUACAUUAAAUUAUGAACCUGUUAAACUGUCUAAGAAGAAAGGAAGGCCUGUUUCUAUGCAUGCUCUCCAUUGUGGAGCUCAGGUGCGUUUUCGUCAAAAAAUUUUUUAGAAAUAGCCAUGUGAAAAAUAAUAAAUAAAUAUUACGUAACAUGAUGACUAAUCCAAAUAUGAUCACUUUUCAGAUGCCAUCAAUGGACAAUGCAAUGCUGGUUCAAGCGAAACCUCGGCAAUACGAGAACAAGAGAGACGGCAAGAACAGAUACAGCUGGCAUGCGAACAGAAUCCUCGGCAGUCAGGCUCAUCUUGGCCCAGGUAAGUAAGCGGGGAAGGGUCAGAGAAUGUAAACAAAGAGCGCGAAAAACUUGACCAAGUAACUGGACAGUCUCUAAAACAACACGUACGAUUGGACCCUUUUUUUGUUUCUGGUAGAAAUAAAGUCGGAAAGGCGGCUGAGUGGGGCUGAUUCAUUUUUUCCGAAGAUCUCUCGCCCCAAAAAUAACAUCCGCUCGAAUCGCUUUCUACCGACAUGACAGACCCUACGCUCUUGACUUCGCCGAGGCUCCAGGAGCGACAGACGUUCGUCGUCCAGCAUUAAUUGGAUUUUUCUCCGCCUCUCUUUUUCUCUUCCUUUCUCGGAUCAGCCGUCUCUUCUCUCCGUCUCUCCCCGUAUACGACGGACGCGCGGAUCCACCUCUUUCCAAGCCCGAGUAAUCAAGGGACCUUUCGGGAGGUAUUCUCGUAACAGCAAAACAACUCCCAGUUUUUAUAACACCAUGGAGAAGGGAGGGAACUAUUAUUACUCAUUUCUCGAAGGGAACGAAGCAUAUGGGGGUUACCGAGGGCAUUUAGUGAUGUUCUUACAUUCGUCUAAUUUAUUUAUGAAAAUUGUGGGUUUAGGGCGAUUUACGGCGCGACACAAUCGGCUUUUAUUAGACCGGGGAGGGGGUACCACGGGACUGCGGCGGAUGUUUUCGUAUCUCGGCUUAAUCUCGAAUCCCGUUUUGGCCAAACGUCCACUUGGCAGGGGUUGGUUCCGCUCUUCGGGACUUUUAUAUGUAUUUAUUAAGUGUUUAUUGUCCCAUGAAAUAUAUUAUACGUAGUAUUUGCUUUAGACGUCUCACUUUCAUUUUAGUUUUCAAAUCCUUAGAGAAUGGGGAUUGCGUAAUACGCGGAAGUCUCCAGAAAUCAGAAUUCAUUUUACAUGGCUAGAAAAAAGCGUACACUUGUGAAUCCAAGCGCCAUUUGUUUACCUUGGGAAAUACUCUGGGUCGGAGAGGGUCGAAGUAAUUGUCUCCAAGACCUUCCCCACUUGAUAUUCGCGGAGAUUCCUUCAUGAAGGUCCUUCUGAAUCCUGCCCCUCCGUUUUCCGUCUGACUUUUGUGGUUGAAUGGGUUCUGACCAUUUAUCGACCGGUGUCCACCUUCUCCACCCAUCCCCGCAAAGAGCCGAAUUCUUUCGGCUUUUCCAAAUCCCCCUUCCCCAGAAAUGGUUGAAGUGUACCGGCAAUAAAGUGCAGGGCUUGCCUUAUGUUCUGUUCCCCUUUCGUGUAUAUUGCAUUCGGUUUGUUGGAAGAGAGUGCAUGGAAUAAAUUAGCGGUUCUCUGGGUCCUUUUCAUGUAGAAAGUGGUUGUGAUCUUUCCUUAUUUACGCACACGUCACUCAGGCCUGAAAGUUUCCCCUUCAUCUUCUAUAACAUGAACUCGGGGGAUGGCUCGGCAGAUAUAUUAAAUGUCAGGGCGUGUUCAGUUUAAGAGGUUACAACCGCCGUAGAAUAGGGGCUGGGGAAAUAGAUACCGGCGGGAUUGUCAAUCUCUCACUUGUUGGCCUUUCUGCUUCUUAUGGCCGCAGAGAAGGAAAGCGCCGCCCAGAGACUGGGGCCAGGACAGAGAGCGCAAGUCGGAAGCCAUGGCUCCCCAAAAGCGUCAUGCCGAGCUAAAGGGAAUGGGGCGAAAACGCGACGAGAGUGCGUGUGGCCAUAAAGACGCCUGUGGCCACAUAAGGGCGCUCGACGCGCCGGUACGCGGAUUCAUGAGGAGACAAGGCUUCUUGUUCGACCGCGAUCCAGUAGAUCUUAACAAGACCAACCUGGCCAUCCGCUCUAAAUGCGAUUAUGGCAAAGAAGAGGGGGAGAGGGCUUCGGAUCCAUCCUCUCUCGACUUUUCCAUCCGGUUUUUCGUUGGCCAACACUUUCUAUGGGUCUCAAAACUUUUUCUGAGGGUUGUCUCUUCACGCGGGCCGUGUUUUUUCUGAUUCCGGGGUUACACCUCCAAUUCCAGACCAAUUAGUCCCCCGUUUUGUGUUUUCUUCGCUUUCGGCCCUAAUCCUUUUUCCCAUUUUUGACGCCGGACCUUUCAACGAGUGUUAAUGCGGCAGUUCGGCGAUUACUGAUGAUGGAAUUGGCCAAAUCAGUUACAUUUCAUGACUUUGGCGAUGUCAGAAACCGACAUGCCUCUCCACCUCAAGAUGAUCUCCGGGAUCUGGCCGGCUCCGAUGGAUCUACGAGUUCAUCUCAUUCCCCUAUGUCGAGGACGUCAGAUCAAUCGGGCAAGAAGAAAACGAACCGCAGGGGUCUACCAUUAAACACAUCCUUCUCGUCAUGGUUGCAGAUCUUCUUGAAGAAACGUCGCAACGGCGGACUCAACGAACGCUACAGCUCCCAGCAGCAAUUCUCCACUAUCAGACCCUCGGUUUCAUUGUGUAAGAUGAGAUUAUAGUUUUAAAGAGAAUCUCCUUUCACGUCAUGUCCUUAGGGGAAUUGGCCGAGGUUAUUCCCGAGGAACGUCUUGAAGAUCCAUUUCGGAGGCUUAUGGGAACUUUAAAUCACGAUUAUGUCAGGGUCUAUUUUUAAACGAACGGAAAAAUAACAUCUGCAAUCGCAGAGUUGCGUAAUCGAAGCAAAUGCCAGUUACUAGGCAGGAAAAAAAUAAUGGGAAUUUGUCGAAAAUACAAGAAUUGCUCUAAUUACACAUUUUUCAGCUGUUGUGCACGAGACCUGUGCCCUGGGGUCGGAUGGCGAAAGCCUCGAAGUUUCGCCAUGCACAAGCGACCAGAUGUCCACCUCGUCGUGCUACCCGAGUGGCAGUGAAGAACGAUACAUUCCAAAUGUCAAGCUCCGUCAGAAACCAACACGGUUGUGGAGUGAGGUGGGUCUUAACUUUUUUUCUCUUAAGGCCGGAAUGGGGUCCAACUUUCGGGAAAGCGAGCCGUUCCCGGAACCACCGGAACUAAGUUGUAUGCAUGGGUAAAGAUGGGGAUUCGGAAUGAUCUUCAAGUCUAAUGGAUGUGUUUCAGCAAGACAUUCAGAAGCGUCUUUCUCUGCCGGCCGACAUAAGAUUGCCUCAGGGCGUCAUCGACAAGCUGAACCGGACACCGACCCUGGACAAUCCCUUGACGCGAAAAAGUCGACGAGCUUCUCUUGUAAGUUUUCUUUACUCUAGCAGACUUCAUCCAAGCAAUUGGGAUUUAUUCGUUUUGUACCUCUGUUCUUCUGCAAAUUGUUAUUAUUUUUAUUUUUUAGAGCGAAAUUGGAUUCGGCAAGCUUGAAACAUACAAGAAAAUCUUCGACCUCGGUGAGGGAACCUAUGCCACAGUAUGGCUGGGUAAGAGUCUUCUUACCGGAAAAAGUGUUGCCAUGAAAGAGAUGCGAUUGGAACAUGAGGAAGGAGCUCCUUGUACUGCAAUCCGAGAAGUCAGCCUCCUGAGAUCUCUAAAACAUGCAAAUGUAGUCACUCUACAUGACAUUAUUUACACGGAUCGGGUUCUGACCCUCGUUUUCGAGUUUGUGGAGAGAGAUCUGAGAGAAUACAUGGAAGAGAUCGCGCGACUCAUCAGCAUAGACAACGUCAAACUCUUUCUGGUUCAACUUCUCCGAGGUCUCGCUUAUUGUCAUCGGAGGAGGAUAUUACACAGAGAUUUGAAGCCUCAGAAUCUUCUCAUUAAUCGAUUGGGAGAGCUAAAAUUGGCUGACUUUGGACUGGCUCGGGCUCAAUCGAUACCCACCAAGACAUACUCUAAUGAGGUGGUAACUUUGUGGUAUCGGCCGCCAGACGUUCUCCUAGGCUCCACUGAUUACACAACACACAUUGACAUGUGGGGGGUCGGAUGCAUACUGUUCGAGAUGUUGCAUCAUAAACCAAUGUUCCCGGGUCAAAGCAACGAAGAGCAACUCAAACUAAUAUUCAAUAUGUUGGGUACCCCAACCAUGGAGGAAUGUCCUGAUUUAUGUCAGAUGCCAGGAUUCAAACAAGGAAACUUUAAGAAGCAAAGAGCCAAAUCUCUAAUCCGACAACCAAGAGUUGAUGCACAGAGAGCAGAUCUUUUAGAGAAAUGUUUGAAAGUAAGCAUUUCAUAAGUUUUCUCAUAUAUUUGAAGGGAUCACAACUAAUUGUCAAUUUUUAGUACGACGGUAAAAAGCGAAUCUCAGCCCUGGAUGCGAUGCGUCAUCCGUUCCUGGACUGCUUCCCUGCAACUAUUUUCUCCUUGCCCGACACCGAGUCCGUUUUGUCCUUGCCUGGAGUCAAAUAUAUCCCGGAUCCGAUCGCCCUCAAAGCGACGCCUCAACGACUUCCCUCAUAG